CAUGUCUCUGUUCAUGUCCCUCGUCCAAUAUAAUCCCUCCCGUCCCCGCCUGUCUCUCUCCCUUCACCCCUCAUCUUCACCCCCAACAUGCUCCCCUUCACAAACCACAACUCUCAUCAGUCUCACUCCCCUGGGUUCGGGUGAAAGACACAGGUCCAGCUUCGGUUCGGGUUUCCUAUUAGCCGGAAGGUCGAGGAAGGCCAAAACGGUCCCAAAAGAUUAUAAAGAGUGACAGAGUGCCCUCAUCCGGUAGACCAAACCAAAAGCAGAGAUUCCCUUUUCAUGUCCCUGUCCAGUCGGAAUCUACACAACAUAUUACGAUUCACAGCCCCUUCAUUCCUCAAUUCACUUCUGCCUCAUCGGAGAGCUCGAACGCCGCCCGAGAUAGCAGCUGAGAGAAGAUGAGCAGUUCGGUCCCGAGUCGCCGGUUCUUGGAUUCGAGUCCCAGCCUCGGGGAGCCGCCGACAGGCCCGAAUGGGACGGUUGGUGAAUCCUACAUGAACGACCCGAAUUUCGACACCAACAUGGUCAUCAUCCUGGCGGCCCUGCUUUGUGCACUGAUCCUCGCGCUCGGGCUCAACUCGAUCGUGCGGUGCGUGAUGAGGUGCGGGCAGAGGCUUGGCCCCAAUACGCCGGAGAGGGCUGCGGCACGGUUGGCCACAACCGGGCUGAAGAAGCAUGCGCUGAGGCGGAUCCCUGUGGCGGUGUACGGUUCGGCGGAGGGGGUGUUUACAGCGACAGAGUGCCCGAUCUGCCUCGGGGAGUUUGUGGACGGGGAGAAGGUGCGGGUGCUCCCGAAGUGCAACCACGGGUUCCACGUCCGGUGCAUCGACGCGUGGCUCGCGUCCCACUCGUCCUGCCCCAAUUGCCGGCACUCUCUCCUCGACCCACCUCCACCACCACCGCCUCCUCCCCCAAGGAACAGGCCAGGCCUGGAGCAUGUAGUCGUUGUCGUGAACGACAACGCGAGUUGAACAUGCUCUCAGUGGUGUUUCCGGACAUCGGGUGUUAAGAUAGAAUCGUAUCAUAUCAGCUGCUCUUGCACCGGAGUCGACCACUGAGUCUCCAAUGGGGGGUUAGAUUUAAGGUGAUAUGUGUCGGAAUCGAUGAAAACUGUUCCAUACAGUACGUACCGUUGAGAUGCUAUUGUACUACCGCGGCUCGGGUUGCGGUCUACCUGAUAGGAUCCAUAUAGGGAGUUGUAAAUGAUUUACAGAAAUGAAACACUGUUGUUUAAAAGAUGUGGAAUUUUAAUAGUAAGGUCGGACUUUCUUUUCUA